AUGUCAUCUGCCACUUCUUUUUUCCCGCGCGCAGUUCCUGCCGCCACAAACAUCAUCGCCGUCAUGACCUUCAUCGUCGUGACCCUAAGCCUCAAGCCAUGUUCCGCUGCGCAGCAGCUGCCUUUUUUCACGCGCGCGCUUACCGCAUCGACUUAUUUGAUUGCGAUGGUGGCCGUCAUUGCCAUGGGGCUCUAUACUAGCUUCCGACACAAGGAAAGCAACAUCGCCGCCGUCAACGGCAGCAGCAGAACCGGCAACAGUACCAGCCGCAACAGCAACCACAAGAAGUACCAGCAGAGCAGCCACACUCUAAGCCGCCAAUUCAGCAGCGGCGACUGCAUCCAAACAGACAGCAGCAACAACAACAACAACAGCCAGAGCAACCACAGCCUGAGCACACACAUCAGCUGCGGCCGCGAAAGCCAAAGCACCACCAGUUGCGGUUCCCAGAACCAAAACAUCACCAUCACCACCUGCGGCCGCGAAGGCUUGGAAAAUAUCACCAGCCGUAGCAUCGAGAGCCUUGAAACACAAUCAGCUGCAGCCUCGAAAGCCUGCAAAACAUCACAAACCACGGCGAAAGCCAAAACACCACGAGCAGCGGCCUCAAAAGUCAAAGCAUCACCAGCUGCGGGAGCAGCCAAAAAGUCAGAUUUGUCGAGAGGGGGUGGAUUGUGA